CACGAUUUUCCUUCGUCUUUCAUCAUCACACAGCCAACUUCAGACAUUUAUCAACUUCCACAUUUUGCAACUACGACAUUUGAACACUUACUCUUACCAUACGAAUCUCAACAAGCAUCUUGCUCCACGCCCUUCAGUCCAAUCAAUUCCGAAUCUGCACCACUCAACAUUUAAUACCUAACCGCAAACUCAAACAUCCAACGGUCUACCAUGUCUACCACUUCUAUCCGCCCCAAGAUCGCCCUCAUCGGUGCUGGCCCUGCCUCCCUCACUUUGGCCAACAUUCUCCAGAACCAUUCCAUCCCCUUCACUAUCUACGAAAGUUCCUCCACCAUUCGCAGUCAAGGAGGGUCCCUGGACCUCCACCCCCGAACUGGUCAACUUGCCCUCAAAGAAGCCAACCGCUGGGACCAAUUCGCUAAGCACUGCCGUCCUGAAUCCGACGUCACAAAACUCGUCGACAUCUUCGGCGAAGUCUGCUGGGAUGAAGGCGGCGCAGACAAGCACGAAGUCCGCGAAGAGGAGAAAUUCGAUGGACGACCAGAAAUUGACCGCGCUAAGCUCAUGGAACUCUUGCACGAGAACAUCACCCCAGAGGCUAUCAAAUUCAACAAGAAGCUCUCGAAGGCAGUUCCAAGCAUCACAGAAGCCAAGAAAUACGAUCUACAGUUCGCGGAUGGUACCAUCGAGAAGGACGUCGACCUCGUUGUCGGCGGUGACGGGGCUUGGUCCAAAGUUCGGGAUCUCUUGACCGGUGUCAAACCGCAAUACUCCGGCAUCACUGCCAUCGAAAUCUGGGCCUUUGAUGUCAAGGAGAAGAACCCCUGGCUUGCCAACUACGUUGGUGAGGGCUCCAUGUUCUCCUUCGGUGAGGGUCGAGCGGUGCAGGCGCAACGACAGGGUGACGGAAGUCUCCGUACUUAUGCUUCUAUGCGCGCCCCAGAGAAUUUCGUCGAGACGUGCGGCAUCGACUGGAACGACCACGCUAGUGCGCGCAAGGCGUACGUUGACCAGAAUUUCUCAGACAUCGGCGAAGACUUGAAGCGCGUAAUUCUCGAAUCCUCGGAUAACCUCAUUCCACGCACCAUGUACGAACUCCCGAUCGGAAUCACCUGGCCCUCUCGCUCCGGCGUGACGCUCAUCGGCGACGCAGCGCAUCUCAUGACACCAUUUGCAGGUGUGGGCGUAAAUGUGAGCAUGUUCGAUGCUCUGGAACUCUCGAAGGCGAUUGUGGCGGCGUGGAAUGGACAGAAGGGGCUUGAUGAGGCAGUGCAGGAGUAUGAGAAGGAGUUGUUUCCGCGGGCGGAGAUGUUUAUGAAGAAGACCGAGAAGAAUAAGAGGGAUCAUUUCUCUGAAGACGGGACAAGGCGACUGGCGGCGAAAAUCAGGGCUUUCCAUGCGGGAGAAUUGCAAGGCUCAAAGAGCGAGCACUGA